CCGUGCGUCUCGAUUCGUUGAUUACCGCGUAUAAGUUUGCGGCUUGGUUCUAUCUCAAAACUAGUUGUCUCUCACUGUCAGCCAUGGACGUGGAAGGAAAAAUAGCUCUGGUGACCGGGGCCGCCAGCGGAAUAGGUUUCGCCUACGCGAAGGAACUUUUGCAAAAUGGAGCCAAACACGUUGCUAUUCUCGAUUUGGCAAGUUCGAGCGGCUCGGAAUCGGCGAAUAAAUUGAACGGAGAAUUUGGAAAUGGAAAAGCAGCCUUCAUCCCGUGCGACGUGACGAAGGCUCAGGAAUUUGAAGCUGCGUUCGCCAAGACUGUCAAGGAAUUCGGCGGACUUGACAUCGUUGUCAACAACGCUGGUAUAAUGGACGAUGAGCGAUGGGAACUCGAGAUCAACAUUAAUCUGACUGCGGUUGUUCGCGGAACUUUGCUGAGCUUUCAGUAUAUGGGAAAAGACAAAGGUGGCAAGGGUGGCGUUGUGGUGAACGUUGCAUCGACCGCCGGCAUAACACCAGCGGUAUAUUUUCCAGUUUACAGUGGUACCAAGAAUGCGGUAAUCGGAGCGAGUCGAUCGUUCGGGCAUCCGUACCACUUUGAAAAAUCGGCUGUUCGAGUGCUGACCAUGUGUCCCCACAUCACGCAUACUCAAUUGAUAACCAAGGGUGCCGAACGAGCUCACAUCGAAAACGAGGCGAAGGAAAAGCUUUCCGGAUACAUGAAAACUCUCCCCAUGCAAACGCCUGAAAGCGUCGCAAAGGGUGUUAUCAAGAUCAUUAAAGUCGGGGAAAAUGGAAGCGUGUGGAUGGUUGCUGACGGAGAGCCAGCCUGCGAACUCGACUUUCCCAGCUUCCCUGUAAAGAAGUAAACGACUUAGGGAUAGUAAUAAUUUGACUAAACUGUACGAGACUUGAUCCAACCAAUAAAAGAAUGUUUUUCGCGCCCA